AUGGGUGCUUUUGCGAGCAGACAAAAUGAUGGAGUUGAAGAAGCAGACGUCGUAUCAAAUCAUGCAUACAAAUAUCCACCGCGAUCGGGUAAUUACUUUGGAAGCCAUUUUAUCAUGGGUGGAGAAAGAUUUGACACACCUCAACCUGAGGCCUAUUUAUUUGGAGAAAAUGCAGAUCUGAAUUUUCUUGGAAGCAGGCCGACUCCUUUUCCAUAUCCUCCACCACAAUCAAAUGAGCCCACAAAAACCUUGAAAAGCUUAGUCAACAUUAGAAAAGAGUCCUUGCGGUUUGUAAGAUGUCCAGAGCCUGUGGGAAAACUGGUGGAUAAUAACAAAAUUGGAGAUGGAAUGAUAAAAUCUGUUGACUCUAAUGGCAAGGGAACCUAUUACAACAUAGAAUUUACAUUUGACUGUGAUGCAAGAAUUGCCAUCACAAUAUUCUACUUCUGUACGGAAGAAGUGACUCCUGGUGGUGUGGUCUAUUAUCCCAGAGAUCCCACAAUAAGUUCACAGACAUAUCAUUAUAAAAAAGGUGCCAAUCAGCAAUUCUGUCAGAUCUCACAUGUUUUUGAUCCUUCGAAAUACCCUGAGGAGGAUUUGGUGUAUAAUGCUGAGCGUGAAAUAAUUCCUGUUGCCAUUUAUUGUGUUGUGGAUGAAGGACAGGAAGAAAUAAGACAAUCGCACACAACUAUAGCUGUGGUAGAGAAACACUCAGAUGGGACUUAUGUAUUAAAGGCUCUGAAGCAAAAAUUGUUUGUUGAUGGUUUAUGUUACUUACUGCAGGAAAUAUAUGGCAUAGAGAAUAAGAAUUUGGACACAAAGCCAAGUUCAGAUGAAGAGACUGAAGAUGGUGGUUCGGAAUGCGUGAUCUGUAUGUGCGAUGUACGAGACACACUCAUACUGCCUUGCAGGCAUCUGUGUUUGUGUAACUCCUGUGCUGACUCCUUGCGGUACCAGGCUAAUAAUUGUCCCAUCUGCCGUGCACCUUUCCGGGCCUUGCUACAAAUUAGAGCAUUGCAGCGUUUGACUACACCAGCCUUAAUGCCCCCUGCCGCCAAUCCACCAGAUGGAAGCAUGGAAAACAUUCCAGCGGGUUACGAGCCGGUGUCGCUGCUGGAAGCGCUCAAUGGCCCCACGGCCCGCGCGCGACCUCCACCUGCGCCUGCGCCCACUAUCGCCAGCCCAGACACCGACACCGCCUCGCAGGCGGCAGAGAUGUUGAAUCGGUGCAACGUGGAGCGCAGUUCGUCGACGAGCCUGGGCAGCGGCGGCAGCCGCAAGGCGCGCCGUGGCUCCAAAGACGCACGCGCGCCGCUCCAGCCGCACCCGCCGCAUCCGCCACUCACGCCAGAGUUCCGUAUGUCCGUGUUACUGGCACGAGAAGAGGAAGCAAAGCGCAUUGAAGAAAAGGCAGCUGCAAGCAGUCCCCUGCUUUACAAUCACAAUGGCAUUAGUUCCUCCGAAAAACUUUCUAAGAGCUCGUUGAACUCGCGGCCGACAUCAGAGGCGGGGUCUCGUGCGGGCUCCCGUGCGGAGUCGCGUGCGGGGUCGCGCGCGGGAUCGCGGGCGGGCAGCGCGUCGGACGAGGAAGCGGCGGCGGCCGCUGAGCCCGACAGCGACGCCGAGCGCCGUUCGCCGCUGCUGGCGCCGCAGCUCCCGCAGCACCCGCACCACACACCCGCCGCACACGCGCCCGCACCCAACGGGGUGCUGAAGAAUAGUGGAGCAGCACUGCGGCUGGCGGCGCCCGCGCUCGCGCACAUCGACGACACGGACACCGACGAGCCCGACGCCGCGCACAACUAUGAAACAGUUGAACAGUUUAGACUCGUGCCCAAAGUGCUUUCCGCCGUCAAAGCUGUUACGUCGCAUCAUCGGAAAGAGUUGUUAGUCGCUCAUAAGCCUUCUGUUAACGAGGGAGAGGGCUUUGGGGGCGUAUUGGUAACGUUUGGUGUCCGUCGGGCUGCAGCGGGGCGAGCGGCGGGGCGGGCGGCGGGCGGGUCGCCGGGCGACGAGUCGGACUAUUUCACGCCGGAGGAGCCUGCCACCACCCUCCUCACCGGCCCGCGCCCCUCCAGGCCCGAGGCGGGCGGUGUGACGGUGGAGUGUGCGCCACAGCGAUGGGCCUUACCUAAUCACGUCACUUCUCUACCAGGCACACCCUUGAGCCAGUGGAGCGCGCGCUCGUCGGGCGAGUCGUACAGCUCCACGUCCUCCUCGCGACAGCUGCUGGCCGCGGCCUUGCCGCCCGCUGCACCCGUCUAG